CCCAUGACUGCCAGAAGGAUAUAAAGAUUUAAUAAAUAUUGAUACCUGCAGCUUCUCCUUCUUCAUUGUUCUCUCUAGGAAUGAGGCGGCUACUGCUUCUACCACUCCUUAUUGGGUCCAUCCUGUUGAUUUCUGUGGCGCCUGUAGCUGAAGCCAAGGGGGUGAAAAAAGUAGAGUACAGAUUCGGACCUUUUACUCAUGAGUAUUACGACAAUUUUACGGUGGUCGGCCCCGGAACAAUCAGUAAUGAUGCCCUUCAGGUGACCCCCGAUUCCAGUGGGAACUUUACCCUGACGAACAGGUCAGGUCGGAUCUUCUUCCAUGAGUCGUUCAAGCUCUGGCAUCAAGGUAAUGGGGCUAAGAGUGUGGCUUCUUUCAACACCUCUUUUCUCAUCAAUGUCUACCGCGUCAGCGACGGUGUUCCCGGAGAGGGAAUUACGUUCCUGAUUGCCCCGGAUAAGACUCUUCCUCACGGCAGUGAUGGGAAGUACCUUGGGCUGACGAAUUCCUCCACCGAUGGCAACUCCUCCAACCAGAUAGUCGCGGUGGAACUGGAUACGUUUGAGGAGGAUUUCGAUCCAGACGACAACCAUGUGGGUUUGAACAUCAACAGUGUCCGGUCGAAAAAGGUGCAGUCUUUGUCCCCAUUUGGCAUCCAAAUCUCCCCGAAGGGGACCAAGUUUUAUAUGGUGUGGAUCCAGUACGACGGCCAGAAUAAGUCGAUUGCCGUGUAUAUGGCGGAGCAGGAGAACAAAACCUCCCCUGCCCCCUCCCGGCCGUCGACGCCUGUCCUCCGCGCAGAUCUCGAUAUCAGCGAAUUCGUCAAUAAGAACUCCUAUAUGGGGUUUUCGGCAUCGACGGGGAGCAACGUCCAACUUAACUGCGUCCUCAGGUGGAAUAUAACAAUAGAAAAGCUUCCCGACGACGGAAACAACAAACUAGUAAUCGGAUUGGCAGUCGGAAUCCCGAUAUUGGUACUAUUGAUCCUUGGGCUUGUAGGAUUAGGUUAUUAUUACUGGCGCAAGAGACGAAGGGCGUCCGAUCCCACCAUAUUGGGGGCGCUGAAGAGCCUCCCCGGAACGCCAAGGGAGUUCCGGUUCAGAGAUCUGAAGAAAGCGACCAACAACUUCGACGAGAAACGGAAGCUGGGUCAGGGUGGAUUCGGGGUGGUCUACAGGGGAGUACUGCAGAAAGAGAAUCUGGAGAUCGCCGUGAAAAAAUUCUCGAGGGACAACAUGCAAGGCAAAGAUGAUUUCUUGGCGGAGCUGACCAUCAUCAACCGCCUCCGUCACAAGCAUCUCGUCCGAUUGCUCGGGUGGUGUCACAAGAACGGGAUGCUGCUUUUGGUCUACGACUACAUGCCCAAUGGAAGCUUGGACAGCCACAUUUUCUGCUCGCCGGAGAUGACGACGCUGGGAUGGAGCCUAAGGUAUAAGAUCUUAUCCGGCGUCGCGUCCGCCUUACACUACCUCCAUAACGAAUACGAUCAACGGGUGGUCCACCGCGACCUCAAGGCCAGUAACAUCAUGCUUGACUCCAAUUUCCACGCCCGCCUUGGCGACUUCGGCCUUGCACGCGCCUUGGAAAAUGAAAAGACCUCCUAUGCCCAGAUGGAGGGAGUCCAGGGAACCGUGGGGUAUAUUGCACCAGAGUGCUUCCACACCGGUAGGGCCACCUGUGAGUCUGAUGUGUUUGGCUUCGGGGCGGUGUUACUGGAGGUGGUGUGCGGUCAGCGUCCCUGGACGAAAAUAGGGGAUUUCCAUCUCUUGGUUGACUGGGUCUGGUCCCUGCAUCGUGAAGGACGAAUUCUAGAAGCAGUGGAUAAGGGAUUGGGGAAUGAUUACGUGGUGGAGGAAGCCGAGCGAUUGUUGCAGCUGGGUCUGGCGUGUUCCCACCCCAUCGCUAGCGAGCGGCCCAAGACGGCGACCGUUUUUCAUAUUAUAAAUGGCUCAAUGGCGGUACCGCUUGUUCCGCCGUUCAAGCCUCCUUUUGUGUGGUCUUCCAUGCCGAACACGGGAAGCGUAAGCAUCACCAGCAGCACGAUUAAUAGCACUGAUACCACUCCAAUAUCGGGAUGGACUCCGAAAUACUUUAGCCGGGACAGCGUCACCGGAGAAGGUGGAUACAGUGACGCUGAGCCGCUAUGACCAAGUGAUGAUAGUCCCUUGGGCUUGGUCUUGAGCUGGGGUUUGUGAUAGGAAAUUGAAAGCCCAGCAGGCCAAGGCCUAAGGCAAAAAUUAAAAAAAAAAUAAAAAAAAAAAGCAGGCCGAGGCCUUACGUCUCUUUUUCUUUUUUCUUUUUUUAUGCCUCUUACAGUCUUACCUUUUGGAUUUUCCUUGUAAAAAAGUUAUAUCGUUUUU